CAGGCCGCGCCAGGUUUAACACUUCCGCCGCGCGGAGAACUUGCCUCCGCCCCCAGCUUCCACGUCCGCCCAGCUCUAGUUCUGCGCAGUCUCCUGGAAUUGUUUGCCGUCUCUAUGGCAACCUAGGACGGUGAAGAUGGAGACCGUCAAGUCUACAGCGGGACCGCCGUCGCGAUCUGUAGACCCACAGUCCAGCUCCGAAGGGCUAGGACCCACUUCGGAACCGUUUCCUUCUUCGGAUGGCACUCCUAGGUCGCCCCUGGCAGCCUCAACCGCAGCAGCUACUGCAGCCACUGCAGCUGUCUCCACUGCCAACGCAGCUGCCUCAUCUGCAAAGACCCCAGCACCCUACUCUGAGAGGAGCCUUCUCAUGGCGCCCUCUUCGGAUAGUCUUCUUGGGGAGCCCAGUGCUGGACCCAGCUUUACCCACAAAACAGGCCAGGAGAGACUUGGCUUUGAGCCUGCCUAUGUUUCCUCUGGUACCCAAGAUCCCUGUACUUCAAAUUAUCUCAGCUCUAGCCCUGGCCCUCUUCCUGGCUCCAGUUCUGGUCCUGCCUCUAGGCCUAGUCUAGGCUGUGGCCAUGACCCUGAGCUCAGCCCCUACACUCAUCCAAGCUUGACAAACCCCGGGGCGGAUCUGGUCCCUCCCUGGAGUCACCACACCCAGUGGGAGCCUCAGAAACAACAACCCUGGAAAUUUUUGCAAGUCUCAGAACCUGGUGCCCGAGGGCUAUGGAAGCCCCCUGAGGUUGAAGGGAAGCAUAAGGUUCUCGAUGAAACAUUGCCACGGGGCCAGUGCCUUCUCUACAACUGGGAAGAGGAGAGAGCCACCAACCACCUGGAUCGAGUCCCAAGCAUGCAGGAUGGCUCUGAAAGUUUCUUCUUCCGACAUGGACACCAGGGACUGCUGUCCCUGCAGCUACAGUCACCCAUGCCCUGCAGCACCAGCCAGACAGACUCAUACCAGCCCCCAGGAAACCGCCAUCAGCCAAUCCGAGGGAAGCGUGAAGCCAUGCUGGAGAUGCUCCUGCGGCACCAGAUCUGUAAAGAGGUGCAGGCAGAGCAGGAACCCACAAGGGAGAACUUUGAGGUCGAGUCUGUGACACACCAUGACUACCGAAAGGAGCUGGCGCAAGCAGGGCCUCCUGCCCCAACAAAGCCUCAUGACUACUAUCAGGAGCAGCCUGAAACCUUCUGGAUACAGAGGGCACCACAGCUACCGGGUGUCAGUAACAUCAAGACACUGGACACGCCCUUCCGGAAGAACUGCAGCUUCUCGACACCAAUAACUUCAUCUCUGGGGCAGCCUCUGCCCUAUGAACCUGGGAAGCAUUCCCACCAAGUGGGGGAAAUAUCUUCCCUUGCCUGUCAGGGAGGAGGGCAGGGUGGUGGAGGGGGUAGAACUACUCCUGUCUAAGGGUUGAGGAGGGCAGUGGGGUGUGGACUAUGGAAUCUAUUUCUGACUGGAGUGGAGAGGUGGGAAGGAAGUGGAUUCUGUCUGUAUUUGGUCGGGGCUUUACAUAAAGGGCUCUCUCAUCCUGAGACUGCUAAUUCA